CGCCGAGACCGAUGGCGUGGGACGAUGCAGUCAACGAGGGCCACGGACCGAUUGAUCGUCGAGAGAUGCAUCUGCGAAACAGGCAAAAGCAGGAGCCACGGAUGGACGUAAGGUUGGCUGGAAGGAGAUAAGGAUAGACUUAAGGUGCGAGCCAACGAAUUAAGCUUGAGAUGACGACGAGACCAUCUCACCGACAAGUCGAUCCGGCAACGGUGCGACCAACUAAAAGCUUGCCUGGAUGCAUCAUGGCGGAUACGAGACGGUAGCUGUCGCAAUGCUUUUCCGUGGGCGCACGCAAGCACGCAAGGCAGCCGGCACGCCUUGCGUCUUGGUCGGAAGGUUUUUUUCGUGUUGUGUCGCCAAUGGACGGCGGGGAUUCGUCUGCGGCGUCGUCCAUGUGCCACCAUAUGGCUGGCUUGGCGGCAGAGGCUGGGCUCAGGCUAGGCCGUGGGGUCCAGCUCACUUGCGCGACCCUGCAGGGCGCCAUGGAAGCCGGCGCUGGAGCGAAUACGGAUUACGGAGCAGGUGGUUGCGCGGCGCGGCGUCCACAGUCGUCAGCCCGUCGGAUUUUUGGGUCGGAGCUCGGUAUAGUGGGCGAAAUCACGCGAAAGCGUUUUGCUUGGCUCCCUACCUUAAUUCGCGGCCGCCCCCUUCGGCGCGACGCCGGCCUCGCUCUUGGCUCCAGCGGCAUCUUCUGGUUGAUGCAGAUGACGAUGAUGAUGCUGCUGAUGAUGAUGAAGUCAGCGCGCGUGCAACACAGUCUUUCUCCCAUCUGCACGUCUGACGGCAGACUAUUAGUACAGUUUGUUGUUGUAUCCAUCC